AUCAAUCGAGUUCGAACAGAGUUGGAUAGAAAGAUCAGUGGAUUGAAUGCACGUGUAAUGAAUCAGGCAGAAAGGGCGUCCACACCAAAACGCAACUCCGAGUUGCCUCAGUCGGACAUGAAGGGCGUGGAGGAUCGGAUGCGAAGCAUGGUUUAUGCCACUCAGACCAAAUUGGAUGAACGAUUGCAGGCUUUGACUGUCGAAUUGAAACAGCUGGAGGCGGAAGUUCAUGAACAGACGGCAAAGAUGGCGAUGGACCAGUUAGGAUUUCGGAAACUGUGCAAUAAAGUUGCCCAGGAUGUGUCAACUCAACUGGGUAAGAAUGAGUCGCGGAUACCCCAAGUGACACGUUCUCACGGUCAUACAUCACGCGCAGAUGAAUUGAAGCAGCUAACAAAUUCUAUCGCCGGCUUGGAAUCCAAACUGAAUUCAUUGAAUCAAGGGACCGGGGAACAAUCAGUGGAAUUGGAACGAGUUCUGGCCGCCGAGAUUAAAAUCAGGCGUUCCAACGAGUCACAGUUGAACAAACUGAUCAAACAAAUUGAGGACCGUGUCGACUCACUAACGAGAGCAGUGAAUGAUGCAAUAGUUCAAGCUAAUCGCGUGCCUACUCCGGUGACAGUGGCCGAACCGAUUUCUUCAGAUGUUCCCAUGAAUGCGAUUAAGAAUCUGUAUCGAAAAAUGGAACAAAUCGCUGCCAGUUCACGGCGUCAAUAUGCCGAUUUGAGUCGAGAAGUGCUCAAUGCACGGGACAAUGUGAAUCAGUUAAAGGAGGCCUUGCAUAAAAUGGUCGAUUUUCGAGUUUCAGAGCUAAAAGACCAGUUCAUGCUACUUCAUAAUGAGAUAAUCCAACUACAAGUUCAACCCACAAAAGGCGAUUCGGCAGCAGAUGGAAAGCCCGUACAGCCAACUAAUCAAUCGAUGGAGUUACGCAAAUUAGCAGAGAGUCUUUUUACCAUCAAACUGGCUUUGCUCAUGAAAAUUCGCCUAUUGGAGAAGCGAGAGAAGGAAGAACAUGACUCCAUUCGGAAUGAGUUGCAAAAACUGUCCCAGUCUAUUGCCUGA